AUGGAAUCACUUUUUACUGCCGUCCAAACUCUUCUUCGUGAGACACUCAAGGCCCCGCGUCUUAAACCAACGCACUCCAAUGACAAGCAACCCCCGAACAAACAGCUGCACCCAACCUCCAUUUCCUCAGAGAUACACCUAACCCCCUUCGAAGAGCUUCCUCCUGCCUAUGAGCCUUCAACGUGGUGGUUAGACGGCCACUGUCCUGCACAUCCGCACUUCGACAACGCUGAUAGAAUCCGACUCCGGACGAAGGAAGUCAAGCGUCCCCUAUUCCAGUGCAUCUUAGAAGGAUGUCGAAUCCUUCUGGAACGAGCGGACAACAAGUCACUUCUGCUUCCAUUCGAUCAACACGAGACGCUUUGGAGCGCAGCCAUCUCCGUCCAAAAAUUUGGCGUCGUAUAUCUAGCCGCUCGCUCAGAAUGUCGUGACGAGUUCCUCCCAGCCGUGGAAUCCAACUUAGACCUCUUCAAUGAGAUCGUCACCUUCCUCUCUCGCGACAACAAUGCCAUCCGCGCCAUCAACUACGGUGUCCACCGCCUUGUCAACAGCAACACUUUCACAGUUGACUACCAAACAAAACUCGUGCCUCCAACCGCCAUCUCAUCGAUUGGCCCAAACCACGUUGCAGUUCGAGAAAAAGAUUUCGAGGAAGAUAGUACCGGCAUGCUGGAUAAAUCGUCCGCAAUCUGGGACCUUCAUGACUUCGCCCACCUUACCGCUGCUUCCGUAUGCUCCGAGCUAUACGGCUCGAAGUACUUCACGCACCUGAUCAAACUCCCGUCUAAGUUGACGGCCCUGAUACGUAGCCCCAAAAUGAAGACGGCGGAUCCUACACCUCGCUGUUCGGAUGGGGUUGUCUUCAGCGAGCUUCUCACGGUCCUGUUCACGUCUGAGAUCGAGGCGGUACAGAGAGCGGAGAAAACACAUACCUAUGCCUCUCUCGUUGAGACUUUGGCUGAGGACGUGGCAGAUUACCUUAUGGGUGAACGUGAGCUUCAACAUCUGACAACGGGUGUUAUGUUGAAGGCGAAGAAGCCCAUCAGCGCGGUUCAACUGGCAACCUUGGUACAGAACAAGGCGUAUGAACUGACCGCCAGUGAGAUAGAACAGCGGGUUAUGACGAGGGGUGGUCCCGCUGGAGACUCCAGAGACGAACUCGACGGCCGCAGCCCACUCGAGAGAAUCAGAUUCCUUGCUCACUGUCGGCGGUGGCUUUACUUCGAAGUGAGGAAUACAAUCAAGCACCGAGCUCACAAACUGGCUUAUAAGAAGGCAGCCGAGCGUAUGCUUGCACAGGGUGAUGACGGCUCUAUUACCAACGAUGAUCGUGUUCUAUUAGAGCAGGUACUAGAUCAUAUUCGCUAUGAGGGCUGGGAAAGCAAAGGCGUCGUGAACCUUUGGCAGACAGUCAUUGAUAUGAAUACGGAGUCUCAAGCUGCUACCCUGUAAAUCAAAUCGAACUAUGAUUACUUCCUAGAAUGCAAAUUAGCCAUACCAUCUCUUACUAAUACCUGAUUCAUAAAGGCGGGGGGGGGGAUCUUCUAAGAAACCCAGUCCACCGCGAAAGAAAAAGGAAAGAGAAGGGUAAGAAAGGUGUUUCGACCUUCCCUAUGAUCUGAAC